AUGGCUAACAAAAAAAAAAAGGAAACAACAGAAUCUGAGCGCAAAAUCAUCCUUCACUUGCACAAUCAAGGAAAAUCAUAUGCUGAUAUUGUAGAGAUUAUGGAAAGAAGCCGUUUUAUAAUUUGGAGUAUCGUGCAACGUUUUAAGGCAACGUCAACACUUGAAAGUGCUAAACAUACAGGUCGUCCUAGAUUCUUAAGUGAGCGUAAAUACAGCCAUAUAAUCAAAAAGGUCAAGUUAUGUCCAAAAAUAUCUCCAACACAGGUUGCUGCAGAGAUUAAGGAAGAGUUUGGGAAAGAAGUUCACGCAGCAAGAGCCAGAAGAGUGCUCCAAAAGACAAACUAUAGUUGUCGUAUUGCUAGGCGUAAACCAUUUAUUUCAUCUGUGAACCAAAAGAAGCGUUUAGAAUAUGCCGUUUAG